CUAGCGGUGUGCUCCCAUUUAGCCGUAUGUCUAUUGGGGCGGAGUGUGCGCGGUCCACGCCGAUAUAAGGACACCCAGAUCUCCUGGUCCGGUUUGUCGUGUGUGUGCUCUCCCGAGGGCGACGUUGGAGCAGCGGGGACAGCUGCUGACCGACAGUCUCGCCACUGGCGGCGGAGACCGCGUGCCAGCCGGCCCAUGACUGGCUGGGGAGCUCGUGCUGGCAGCACCGACUGACGCGUCAAGGACUUGGCCAAGAGAGCGCAGCACUCCGAGCGUCGACAGACGUUGGAGCGCAAGCCGUCCGUCUCUGCUAUCAACAGAUAUGAGGACUCUCGGCUGGCUGCUGCUGCUAGCCGUGAGCAUGGGUCCGCGGGCUGCCGGCGAUGAAGCGGAAUCGUUCAGCGAGGAGCAGUUUUCCCGCCAGCUUAUCGAGCUGACCAGUGGAGAAGGCUUCAUCAACAGAGUCUUCAACCGCGUGUCGACGUCGCUGUCCGAGUUCUUCAGCCCAGGAAGCACGGUGGACAGACAGGGCGUUGGCGCGCUUCUGCUUCCGAUCGUGGCUGUGGCGAUUGCUGCCGCUGUCGGCGUGGCCGUGGCGGUUGCCGUGGCCAACUACGUGACCGACGUGAUCGCCUCGGGGCGCGGCCUGACCGCCGACGACUGGGAGAUCAGCCACACAUCCUGGCUGCGAGCAGCUACAGCGCGACCUCGAGUACUCGUGGGACUCGGUCUGAUGGAGAGGACUCCGCGGCUCCGUCUGAUGGAGGUGACUCCGUGACUCCGUCUGUUGGAGGGUGCGCCGAGACUCCGUCUGACGGAGGGGAUUCAUGGGUCCAUUUGAUGGGGAGGACUCGGCGACUCCGUCUGAUGGAGGGAAUUCAACAACUCCAUCUGUCUGAUGGAGAGGACUCGAGGCCCAGUCUGACGGAGGGACUCGGCGAACUCCGCCUGGUGAAUGGGACUCCGCGGCUCCGUCCGAUGAAGAGAACUCUGAGUCUCCGUAUGACGGAGAGGAUUCCUCGACUCCAUCUGAUGGGGAGGACUCCUCGACUCCAUCUGAUGGGGAGGACUCCGCAACUCCAUCUGAUGGGAAGGAUUCGCUGCACGCCGUCUGGCGGCGAGGAUGCAACUUUACGACGUGAGAGCCCAGGCGACAGUGCCAACUUUACGACGUGAGAGCCCAGGCGACAGUGCCAACUUUACGACGUGAGAGCCCAGGCGACAGUGCCAACUUUACGACGUGAGAGCCCAGGCGACAGUGCCAACUUUACGACGUGUGAGCCCAGGCAACAGUGCCAAACGAAUCCUAGGACUCCGCGAACUUGACGUUGAAAUGCUGGCAAACGCUGGACCGACGUUUAAAUGCUGGCAAACCGAGCAUGUCUUAUGAGAUGGCUGGGUGAAUACUUCCAGGAGAUUUGGCUCUGCGAUGAAUGAGGAGAACGCUGGAAGGCACUGCGUUUGUUCAAACGUAGCAGAAUGCUUCCCAACGCUCAGGAAAAGACACGGCAUGUUCAGGCAUGGUAUUACGUUAUAACGAUUGUUACGAUUGUGAUUGUUACGAACGAUGUUGCGAUUUAACGUUUUGGGUUGGUAGUACGGCGCUGCAAACACCUCUUCCAGCUCUAACGAGCCUUUCGCUUACUGCCAACUUGCAUCUACCAGGCCAGACAAUCAGCGGCAUCAUGAACACAUCCUCAGGUACUUGCCACGUGCUAGAGCGGGGAGAGUGUGAACGCAAAUAUAUGAGUAAUAUAACCCCAGUGAUGGACCACCAAA